AUGCACCAUGCGCUUGAUAUAUACUCAGGAAAACAGCAAGAUGUUAAUAAUGUUAUCCUAAAUCGUCACACAGAGGAGGAAGGGGAAAUUUCGAGUUUAUUCAAAAUUCAAGAAGAGACUUGUUGUUACUUCUUUAUUACUUGUAUAUACUGUAUGAAUGAGAACUUCUAG